AUGGGGUCCUCGUCGAUUUUCGUCGUCGAGAUCCGGGAAAGGUCUUGCGACCGCUCGCAGGGGCCCGAUCAGAACUCUCCGGGAAGGGGGCGAAUCGAGCAGCGCGUUGUCCUUGGUGCCCAGCGUUCUCGCGAGGAGAACACGUCGUCGGUGGGCAAAGUGCAAGCGGCCAGUGAGUUGUUGGGCAAGCUGGUCAAGAACAUGCAACAACUUGCAUUCGACAGUGGCCUGAGGCAGUCAGCCAUGUCCUGUGGCGGUCGACUGUGCUGGAAACGCAAGGGGCGUAAGGCCGUCUUCCAAUUCGCGUGCAAGCCAGACAGACCUGCGACAGGCAUCAAUGAACAGCAAACGGCAGGCUCCGCUCUCCUCCGAGACACAAUACUUCUAGGUCAACGAGACGUAUCCGGAGUGCGAAGCGGUCUGAUAAUGCUGCGGGGACGACGAUGUGAGCCACGAAGCCAAUGUAAGUAA